UUCUGUCCACUACGCAUAUCGUCUGCACUUCUUUCUCCUUACUCCAGAUAUCUUUUAUCAAACCUGUCAAUCAGUCAAGAAGUAGUUUCCUCUAGUUUGGUUUCGAGCUAGUCAUGAUAUUUCCAUUGUUAGGCUCUUCUUUGCCAUUCUCGAUUUCGUGUUGAAAAAGUUCAGGUCCAAAAAUACACCAAAGAUACUACUCUGUGAGACACAGUAUGUUCUAUUUUCCACCCGUGCUGUAAAAUAUAACGUCCUAAUCCGACCAAGCCAUCCUUUUAGUAUCCCCUUCCAAACCGCCUCUUUGACUUCCUCAUUACCGCCGCAGUGUUGAGAGAUCCCCUGCACAUUUACAACAAAGGGCUUUAUCGAGUGGCGCAACCGAUACGUUUACUACGACGACCUGUGAGACUUGCUCAUUCACGAGAUGGCCGGCCUAUUCGUUGGAACCAUGCCCCCACGUGAUUUCCUCGUCGACUUCCUGAAAAUGAAGUCACUAGAGAAGCUGAAGACAUCGCUAGAAGUCGACCUCUCCGGCGUGCCUUUCAAAAAGGUCGAAAAGGAUAUGUAUGAACCCUUAUGCAACGCCAUCAACAAUUCUGGUAUCUGCAAUGGAUUCAAGUUAGUCGACGUUUCGAGCUCAGUAGAUAAGGAUGACAUUCGACUACGCCCCGCUCUCGCUCUCGUACCCUCCAGCGCUGAAGACCUGAUGGACUACACCAUUAUGGAAUUCUUUGUCGAGGCUAAGCUCAGUGAUCUUGCGGACCCCUUCUACGACAACCAGGACACGUGCCUAGAUGAUACCACCGAGAACAUGACGGGAGAAAGUGUGGAGACUCGCGAACAGAUCAUAGACUAUACAACCGCGUUACUGUCUCGCCAGCACAGAAGAUUCGCAUUCUCCAUUGUCAUCUGUGGCCAGUAUGCUCGCUUCCUCCGAUGGGAUCGUGCUGGAUGCAUCGUCAGCGAUAUCUUUGAUUACCUCGAAGAUCCGGACAUCUUGCUUGAUUUUUUCUGGUGCUAUGCGAGACUAACUCGCGAAGAACGCGGCUUUGACCCUACUGUGGUGCCUGCUUCUGCUGCAGAAUCCAAACUGUUCUCUGAUGCUCUGUCGCGAUACAUUGAGGAGUCCAAGCCCCGCGACGUCAGCUAUCUACAACCCAGUCCUGAUUCUACUUAUCGAAUCUCCAAGAUGCAUAUUCCAAUGGUGAAGGGCAUUCGCGAGCUGAUUGUUGGCAAACCGUUCUGGGAUGCUGACUCUCCUAGUCGAACGACAAGGGCCUAUGCUGCAUAUGACAUGGUGGAGGAGAAGAUUGUGUUUGCAAAGGACUCUUGGCGUGAUGAGGAUGAUGGCGUGCUUUCGGAGGCUGAGAUCUAUGACACGCUCAAAAGGAACAACGUACCUUUCCUACCCGAAGUCAUUGCAGCUGGGGACGUGUAUGUCAAAGCUAAGAAGAAGAAGGUGUAUCAGCGAACACUCACUCAAAAGUGGUCCACUGCAAACAGCAAACCGACGCUGUGGUGCCUGCCUGGUGCAUCGUUGCGGGCCCUUGUUCAUUGCAGAGUUGUUCAAGAACUCGCCUACCCUCUCAUGUCCGCGCUCUCAUCAAAGGAGGUUGUUCAAGCUGUUCGCGAUGCGAUCGAAGCUAUCAAAGUUGCAUACCACGAUGCCAAGUUCUUCCAUCGCGACAUAAGUACUGGAAAUAUCAUGAUCAAUAAAUCUGGUCGCGGGAUCCUCAACGACUGGGAUCACGCGCUGAAAGUCAGUCUCAGGGACACACCCCAAGGGUAUCGGACGGGCACUUGGCAAUUCAUGUCCGUCAUGUUUCUGCAAGACGCCAAGAAAGGCCACGAUGUCCAUGAUGACCUGGAAUCGUCAUUCUGGGUGCUCCUUUACACUUCUCUGCUUCAUUUCGAACACAACAAAGGGAGAGUUUCUGACCUCAAUUUCUUCGAUGAAUACGAGGAGUACAGCGAAGACGGCAGUGGAACUCGUCACGCGUAUGGAGGUUUAGCUAAAAAAGGCUUCCUAGCUGGGGUUAUACCACAGGUCAAGUGGAAAUGUGCCCCUUUGACCACCCUCAUCCACAAAUUUGGCGAUUUACUCGAUCUCUAUCAAUUCUAUCAUUCAAAACUGUAUAUGGACGAAUUUGUGGCUCGCUUCAAGGACAUCCAGGAAAAGCUCGACCAGGUGGAUACCGUUUUGAAUCUCUUCGACGCUGCUCUGGCAUCCGAUGAAUGGCCAGAGAACGAUGCGCUACCUGACCAGUAUAACCGGAAGACCAAGGAUAAAGUGGCCGAGAAACGUAGUGAUUCAGAGUCGCAGGCCAUUACCUCUGCUGCUCGGGAGGGGAAUCCUACUUCGAUCGCUAGCAUGACUCCUCCGGCUUUGGUGCCAACUCGGUCUGCUAUACCUGAAGUACAUCGUGGCAUUCGAUCAGUCAAGCGGAGGGGCGGACGGCAAGCUCCCGCACCAGAAGAUGAGCCUUUGCAACCUCCCGUAGGGUCUUGUAGUACGGGGAAGAGAACAAUCGAUGAAGCGCCUGCAGAGGUGUCAGCGUCCAAGCGGGCGAAGACCGCAGUGCGAAAGCAUUUGAAACCUGCAUCCAGACCCCCGCCUGCUCAGCGACCAGUGGUGGAACAUCGAUAUCCUACGCGUUUCAAGCUGAAUGGUUCCCGUCAAGCCGGUCGUCUGAGCAACACACAGCACGCGGACGUCGAAAUGCAGGAUACUCGACGCCGGAAUCCCUCUCGGUCAAGUGCAAAGUCGAAGUUGCACGAGACGCGUCGUCAAUAGGUUGCUCCUAUUAUCGAGAAGCCGACAAAGGAGAAGAAACAGACAGGUCGAAAGGGUAAGAAGCCGACAAAGUCAACGGAAGCUGGUGGUAGUCGAUCUCAAGCAAAGACAAGUACUCGUCGGCGACGUGGUUGAUUGUUCGCCUGUGCAUUUUAGAAUUCUUUCCUGGCGGCAACACUACGUAUUAUAUUCACUAUGGUCCCUGGCGUCUUCGGAAUUAGCCAGGCUUCGCGUUUGUAUUAUCUACUCGCUUGGAGUGGAUAUUGGGCCAAAUCAAUUCACUAUUUCUGGGCAACGAGUCGUCGAUCAUCUUGUGGAAGGUUCAAGAUCACAUGAAACGUGACUGCGAUGUUGACGCGUUGUUUGUCCAGUAUCGAUACUCCACCCCCUAAUUAAGAGACAAGUAAGUACUCGAAUAGAUGAAAGUAUCAAAGC